CGGGCUCGGGGGACGGAGACAGGAGUCACGUGGUACCGGAAAUAAAGUGCGCAGCUGUUUAUCGAGGCGUUCAUCACUGAUCGCGGAUUAAUAACACACUCCUUUAUUAAAUAGCGUCGCGCUGAAACUCACAUCUGUUUUAAUCGAGUGUUGAUCGACAUGACGCUGAACCGAAACCAUCACCCAAACGGAGGAGUCCUGAUCCAGGCCGGAGAGAGCAUCUUACGAGAAUGCAAGAACGUCGAACUGUCCUUCAGUGACGUCACGCCCAAAAACGACCUGUUCAAGGGGACUAAGAAGGGCUCUGUGUACCUCACCCAGUACAGGAUGGUGUUCGUCAGCAGCACGAUGAAAGAGAAGUUCUGCUCCCUCAUGUUCCCGUAUUACCUGAUGAAGAACUGCAGCAUCGAGCAGCCAGUGUUUGCUGCAAACUACAUCCAGGGGUUGAUCAAAGCCGAGGCGGGAGGUGGAUGGGAAGGUCAGGCCAACUUCAAGAUGUCUUUCCCCAGCGGAGGAGCCAUUGAGCUGGGACAGCACAUCUUCAAACUGGCCACCAACGCGUCUCGAGCUCCUCCGGCUCAGAACGGAGCAUUCGGAUUGGCUGCAGGGAUGAACGGAUACGCCAGUCCAGCCAUGCCGCAGCCGUACCCGUACCCAUAUCCCAGCAUGCCACAGGCCGGGUACAACCCCUACCCACAACCCCCUGCUGCAGGUGUGUAUCCCAGCGCUCCCAUGUACAUGGCUCCUCCUCCUCCGUACCCCGGACCUCCUCAGAACUGGUGUCCUCCUCCAGUGGCUAAUGGAAACGCUAAAGCAGCAGAAGCGGCCAGCAGCGCUUUCUACAAUCCCAGCAACCCUCACUGCGUCUACAUGCCCAUGGAUCAGCCGCCUCCGUACUUCCCUCCUGAGAAUCCAGACAAGAAGAACAACUGAGCGACACGAACACGGACUCUUCCGGAGGACCGCAGCGAUUCGCUCGUGCGCUGGAUGAUUCUUUCUGAUCGGUUCAUUUGAUUCGGCGUGAGCUGAUGCAGCCGAUUGAUUCAUGUAUGCAGUUUUACUAUUUAGCCAAAUUAACACUUCUAUCUCUACCUACUCAGUUUUUUGUGUGUGUGAUGCUGAACUCUUCUGUAAAUUCCUUUUGAUAAUAUUAUAAUCCUAAUUCAUAAGUGGAUAAGUCUGGUGUAGACGGAUGAAUAAAGCUCUACAUUCUGUCACUGUC